ACGAACGGAGCAUGCGAAGAAGAGAGCAGCGAGAGGAUGGAGAUUUGACAAGUUCUGAAAAAGAAAUGCAGCUGAAAUCUGACAGAAUGGUGGAGUUUGAGUUUAUUAAAGUGGAGAUUGAUGACCUGACGGAUCCAGAACCAUCCAGAAUAAAUCAUGCAGAUGCUAAGGUUACCGAACAAACAGAUCACAUGGAAAAGAACGAGCAAAGAGCCAGACUCAAUGAGGAGGUGGAGAAAGACUUCAAAACUCAGAGGAUAAAAGACAGAGAGCGGUGUGGAAAACGUGGAGGACUGAUGGACAAGAGUAAACAGCAGAAGAAAACCGAUAAAGAAAAAACAGAUUGUGUGUGUUUGGAGUGUGAGAAGAGCUUCACUACAGCUGACAACCUGAAACGUCACCAAAUGAUCCACAAUGGGGAAAAACCCUACAAGUGCUCAUAUUGUGAGAAGAGUUUCACUCAGGCAAUAACAAUGAGAGUACACGAGCGAAUUCACACCGGAGAAAAGCCGUAUCGCUGUCCUCAAUGUGGAGAGAGUUUCAGAUAUAAGACUUACCUCACUUACCAUCUGCAUGUUCACACAGGAGAAAAGCCGUUCACCUGUACUCAGUGUGGUCACGAUUUUAAAAGAGCAUCAGGUCUAAAACAACACAUGCGAAUUCACACACAUGAGAAGGUUUAUGCGUGUGCGUUCUGUGAAAAUAGAUUUUCACGUCCUGAUGACUGUAAACGGCACCAGAAAACACACACUGACGAGAGAGAUCAUGUGUGUUCGGAGUGUGGGAAGAGCUUUACUAGAGCUGAUCAUCUGAAAAAACACCAAAGGAUUCACACUGGAGAAAAACCGUACAAGUGCUCAUACUGUGAGAAGAGUUUCACUCACUCCUCAAACUUGAAAACACACGAGCUAAUUCACACCGGAGAGAGGCCGUAUUACUGUCCUCCAUGUCAGAAGGGUUUUAUACGUUUAAACAGCCUUGAAAAUCACAUGAAAAAACAUCAGAAGUCUUCAUAGUGAGGAACAGUUUCAUGAAAAAUAAUCCUGUGAUGCUCCAGGGAUAGACGAGUCUCGCUGACGUCAAGCUUCUCCAGCGCCUAGACUGCAGCUCUGCACAGGACGUUUGGCCAGAGAAGAAAUGGUCAUGCCCAACUGAGCCUGGUUUCUCUCAAGGUGUUUUUAAUUCUUCACUUUCGCCAGUUGAAGUUUUUUUCCUCGCCGCUGUCGCCACUGGCUUCCAUGGUUCGGGACCUGUAGAGCUGCGCAUCGAUGGAUUUGCUCUUCAGUGUUUGGACUCUCAGCAUUGAAUAUUAAACCACGCUGAGCUGAUCUGAA